AUGAACAAACCGAAAGAACUCUGCAUUGGAACCUGGCCCUGGAUUGAAGAAAAGCUGCGAACUGGAACAAGACUCUGGAUCAGGACAAGUACACUUGAGAGUUGUCUUAUUAUACUUGUGUUCCUUGAGAAACAUUUUAAAAAUGAAAGUCUCGUCGUCAACCCAGGAAACCACCAUGAUUGCCGAAUAAAGAGAACUACUUGCUUGAUUAAAGAAAAAUCAACUAGAGGGUCAAACAAGCCCUAUGAACUCUGUACCUUGGAUCUGAGCUUAUACCAGAAACAGUCAUACCUACUGAUAUUAGAUAGCUUGUUAAUAGAGUCGAACUUCUUCCUGCCAAAAUUAGCAGUCGUUUAUUUUCGCCGCCGGAAUUAUUUCAUCGACUUAGGACUAGGCUAUGAUUGUGGCAAUUAUUUGUCCACUUUUUUCAUAAAUUAUUUGGAUAUUAUUAGAAAUUUAUAG